CCGUUGGUAAAAAUGUAACGGCGUGGUAACUUCGUUGUAGUCAACAAGAUUCUCGUGUUUAACGUACGUUUGUUUCAUUUGUCCUUUUGUUUUUUUUGGCGAAUAAAAUUACUAAAUCAUCUAGUUAUUCGAGUAAAUUCGCGCGGUCUUUUACGCUGUAAUGUCUGGUUUUUCAUUUGGAGCGCCAGCAGCCGGUAGUACGCCGGUAGCUCAGCCAACGUCUAGUUUUUCGUUUGGAGCACCGGCAACAGCCCCAGCAACGCAAACCACAGGCUUUUCAUUUGGAGCACCAAAGACGACAGCCGCACCAACAUUGGGCGGUUUUGGUGCAACAGCGGCAGCUCCGGCCUUUGGUGCAGCUGCUACUCCGGCUUUUGGGGCACAAUCUGCGGCGCCAACUUUGGGCACAGCAGCAGCGCCGGCCUUCGGAGCAGCAACUCCGGCAACAUCUGCACCAGCGUUUGGCAGUACUUCAUUCAGUUUUGGAGCACCAACCAGCACUGCGGCAACAUCAAGCGCACCAACCGCAGGAUCGACAUUCGGUUUUGGAGCCGCAUCAAGUGCUCCCGCGGCGAGUACAGCACCCACAUUGUCCUUUGGGGCCGGAGCUGCAACAUCUGCUGCCAACACUUUACCAACUUUGGGUGGUCUGGGCGGUGCUGCGGCAACAGGCACCAACUUUUCAUUUGGCAAACCAGCUACAACCACAUCGGCUAGCUUAAAUUUUGGUACCAACACCACAACUACUUUGGGUGGUGGGGGUCUCUUUGGUAAGCCGGCCACAACUGCAGCUACUGCCACCGCACCAACACCAUUUGUAGGUUUGGGAGGCAUAGAUGUUAGUUCCAAUAAACCCAAACCUGGAGAAUCGAAACAAGAUAUCAAAGUUAAGGAGACCCAAGUGCCGGAUGAAAUUGCCCGCACCGUUGAUUCUCUCAAGACAUACAUAAAAACACAAAAAACCCUAUCGUCCGAUAUCGGCAGGACUUCCACCUCGAAAUUGACAAAUGUCUCUAGUGAAAUUAUGAAUCUGCAAUGGGCGCUGCAAGAGAUUGCCAAUUCCGUAGAAGCCAAUUAUAAUCAAAUUAAAUUGUUGCGCAAAGAAACCUCCAAAACAAUACAAUCUGUGGAAAUGGCCCAACGAACACAAGAUACUCCCGUAGGCUUACAGUUUGAAAACGAUGCACCAUUUCAAUUCUUUCAAAAUCUUGUUGCCAAAUAUGAACAUGAUUUGAUAAAUUUCCGUGAACAAAUCGCCCUCACCGAACGACAUAUGCACUCGCUGACAAAUCCCCAAAAUGUUGCACCUGAAGAUCUGAAGCGUGGCUUUCAACAAAUCAAUGAAAGUUUUAUUUCCCUGGCGGGUCGACUGCAUGAACUCCAUCAAAAGGUCGAGGCUCAAAAGGAACAAUAUUUGAAUUUACGCAAAUAUCGUUUACGUGAUAAUACAGAUGUCUUUGCCAAAUUGGAAAAGCCAGAAACAAAAGCGGAUACCUCACGAAUUACAGCGGGUCCCACACCAUUCUCCAAUAUUACAGCGAUAAGUAAUUUUGGUAAAUCAUUUGGAAAUUCAACAUUACAUUCUGCUGCUCAGGGUUCUGCCACGCAACCAGGGAAGUGAGAUAAGUGCAUGGAAAGAUAGUAAAAGGAGCGACAUCAGGGUGGAUCAGCAUGACAAUUUCCGAUAUAUAUGGUUUGUGACCAUAUUGGAUAUUGUGGAAUUUUUGUUUAUGAAAAAUGUUGAAAUUGCUUUUUGUAUUUUGUAAUAUAAAUUAAAUAAAGAAUAAUUGAUAUAUGAAUAGAAAGAAGAAA